GCCACCCUGACGGCCUGACUAUAGCUCAUGGAGCACAUGUAGCCUGUGAAUAAAAUAUGUUUAAGAAACAAUUUGAAUGAAAUUUGUGAAAUAGUACGUGUUUAAAAUAUCAAUAGUUGUACAUAUAGUCAUCAUCAGAAGUGAUAGAUAUUAAAUGAAGUAAAAUUUAUAUUUAUCAAAAUGUCUGUAGCAUCCUCAAGAGUCAGUAGUUUAUCAACUAUACUAAAAAGUAUCCCACAAACUACUAAUCAAUCCAACAGAGUAUACUAUAGACUUCCAAAAGAUUUCAAAAAUAUAUUAUAUGGUUACAAAUUUGAAACAAAAAAAGAAUAUGAAAGGAUGAUAAGUACACUUCGAGAAGGUGUUAUAAAGGAUAGUGAUUUAGCAAAUUUUUUAGAUGAAACAAGGCAAUAUAUAACCUUAUUAGAUCGUGAACAUAAAAUAUUUGUUCAAAUUCUUCUUGAAAUUAAAUGGACAGAUAAGUCACCAGAUUUUAUUUCUGCCUAUAAAUCUUUUGUAGAAGAUUUAGUCUGUGCAAGAGUUGAAUAUGCUAGAAGUGUAUUUGAUUAUUUAGUUAAAUUAUUCAAACCAGUUGGUGAAGAUAAUCGAGAACACAAGACUAAAGAACUCACACUUCAAGAUACAGAAAGGCUAAAUCAUAUUCAUGAUAUGUUGAAGAAGAUUUUGAAAGUGGUACCAAUGUCACGAAAAUGUUUACUAUACAGCAUUGAAUCAGAAUAUCCUUAUAUUACACAUAGUACUUAUAUACAUGAAGUUUAUGUACAUGCAUUAUUAAGUAUAACACAUUAUGCACCUUAUCUAAAAUCAGAUAUCAUAUUCAUAGUUAUCAAUGGUUUGGCAUCAUUAGAUGUUAACAUAACUAAAAAUAAAACAAAAGAUUAUGAAGAUUUAUGUGACAUGAUAGAUUCUGACAGUGAUAACUUGGCUACAGCAGACAAUCAUGAAGAUAAAACAGAACAUGUGCAAUUAAUUGAGCAUACACUGGAUGUGUGUAUGGACAUAUUUUUGGAAUUUAUGCACAAGUUUUGCUACAUAAAUAAUGUUGAUUUAAAUAAAGAAAAUUUAAAAAUAUUAUAUCAAGAUAUUUUAGCAACAUUUGAUAAAGUACUGUUACGUAUAGAUCGUACUCAAUAUGUACAGUAUAUUGGAUUCUAUCUUUGUAGUAUUAAACCUGCACUCACAGCACUCAUAAGCCAUUUAUGGAAAAAAGUAACUAGCUGGGACGAGGCGCCAGUUAUACGUCAAUUAGCUGUUUCUUAUAUUUCUAGUUUGGUCGCUACUGCUUCGUAUAUUACUUCUGAAACGCUGAAAGUAACCAUUUGCAGAUUUACGAAUUGGAUACAUGAUUAUAUCGGCAUGGACGAAACUACAGAUAACUACGUCGAUUUGAAACUGCAUAAUGUGUUUUAUUCUGUUUGUCAAGCGUUCUUUUACUUGUUCGUCGCGAAACAUGAAGAGCUCACCAAAACAAGAUGUAAUAUACUGUUUGUCCAACAACUCGAUAUACCGAAAAUUAUUUCGUGUAAAUUGAAUCCUUUGGUGGUGUGUAAUGGUAAAAUUGUACGCAGUUUUGCCGAUAUUACAAAGAUGUAUCAACUUGCCUAUUGCGACGCUAUAAUCGAAGACAAUACGCGCAAACAAUUACCUAUUUUCGGAGAAGAAGAACUUUUGCUUCCUGAUUUUUUUCCCUUUGAAUCUUACACACUAGAGCAUAGUAGACAUUGGAUAGCUCCUUUAUUAAAUAACAAUGUAUGUAUGACAGAUGCUAGUAAUCAAUUAUCAAACAAGACUAAACGUUUACGAUCUAAAUAGUUAUGAUGUUAUACAUGACUCAGUAUAAAUAAAUGUUUUUCUUU